UGGCGUGCAAUCGCCGGUUAGUUCGCGCAAGGUCAAGUUCGGACCAAGUCAUUGCUCCACUGCAUAGCUCAGCUCCCGCGCAUCUGGCCUUUGGAUCCCCAAGGUCCAAAAUGUUGCGCAAGUCGAUUUUCACAAUUUGCCUGUUCUGUGUAUCCGCACAAGCGCUCGCCAGCAGUGAUGACAAAUUCAUCAAAAAAUACGCCAUGAUGAAGAUAUACGAAAGCUGUUUCGGUCCAGAAGUUGUAAAACAAAUUAGAGAAGAAAUGAAAGACGCGUAUGCGAAAUGCUCCUUACCGCCAUCUUUCGAGGAGUCGCCAAACCCGCCUCAAAUGUCGUCUGUCUUGCUCGGGAAGCUACCGCCCGGUUUCUCAAUGGAUCCGAGUACGCAAACUAUCACUAAGCCCACAGAUGGCGCUUCUCUAAAUCAAGAUAAUGAUUUGCCAAAUAUGGACGCGAAACCACAAAAACAAACACCAAUGGCAGGAGUUCUAUCAUUCAGACCAUUGACACCAAACUUCCCGCAACAAGCUAUCCCACAAGCGGGUAUCCCGCCGUACAUGAUGCAAAACCCUCAGUUCCGUCCUUUCAGUCCUGCGGCCCCAUUCUUCCAAACUCCAUAUAGCGCGCCUGGAAUGUUCUACCCACCUGGACUUCCAUAUAAUCCCUACGCCUACCCGCAGCAGUUCCAGCAAGCGUUCUACCAGCAACCGUUCUUUGGAGCAGGCAGAAUGGCGUUGGGUACAAGACAGAUGAAGUCCUACGAGUCCCCUCGCGAUUUGGACAUUCGUGACCGUCUGGAACUGAUCUCUCGCGGGCCGAGCGCGGGACGACUGCGUAACGUGACGUGCGUUAUGCAAGAACUCGGCUACAUCGAUCACAACCUCGAGCCAAACUACGAGCAGAUCACUCAGCGAAUCAACAACCUACCAGUCCCCACCGCUCUCAAGACGGACAUCCAAGACGGCCUGCAGUUCUGCCAGAAGUUCUCGCAAUGUGUACCAGAAAUCAAACGCGACGUGGCGCCGCUUUCUCAAGAACUCAUCAAACCCAUGUUCUUCUUCAGAUGCUACAAGCACAAAAAACUAGAAGCUUGCAUCAUGAAAGAUAUUCGGGAACGUUUCACAUCGGAAGAUGAAUUGGACUCCGAAAGUGAUUUCAGAUUCAUUUCCAGGUCGGCUCGAUCAGUCCGCGACGAUUCCCUGCCCGACCCGAGGUUCGAAGCACUGGACGAAAUGGCCGCGUAUUUCUACGACUAUUUAAGUGGUAGUACAGGAAUGGACUACGAUUUAUAUUUGUAAAACAAUAAAUUUUA